AUGGCCGAACGACCAGCGUCGCGCGAUUCCAACCCCCCUAUGACCUUCCCUGGCGAUGCUGAUCAGGACAAGUUAAGCCGAGAUUUGUCGCCUGUGUUUCCACUACUUAACAACGAUGAGACAGCCAAAGCUCUUUCCUCAGACGCUGCGACUCAAAACCGAGCUGGCGAAGACGAUGCCGAGGAAGAGCCAGCAGUAGCCAAACCCUUUGUACGGACGUCGAGUCCCGACUCCGCUGCUCGCGCAACAGAUGCGUACGACGAAACGGGCCUCGAUCGCCUCGAUCGCAAAAUGCAUAAGUUCAGCUUGUACGAGACAGCCACACGCUAUUAUAUCGUCGGCGGCGACGUGACCGAGCGGCGAUACCGGAUUCUCAAAAUCGAGAGAACUACAGACGACUCGGAGUUGAGCAUUACCGACGACAAGAUCAUUUACAGCCAAAAGGAGAUGAACCAGCUGUUGGACACGAUCGAUGAUGGCAACAAGGGAACAGGAGGCAUCAAGCUGCGUUGUACUGCAUGGGGAUUGCUGGGCUUUAUUAAGUUUACGGGGCCUUACUACAUGCUUUUGAUCACAAAGAAGAGUACGGUGGCCAUGAUUGGGGGGCACUACAUUUACCAAGUUGAUGGUACAGAGUUGGUGCCGCUCACACCAAACCGAUUCAAAGCCGACGUCAGAAACACUGAAGAGUCUCGCUUUUUAGGCAUCCUCAACAACCUAGACCUGACCAGAUCCUUUUAUUAUAGCUACUCAUACGACAUAACACGCACGCUUCAGCAUAAUCUUACGAGGGAGCGUGAGGCGCUUGCCUGUGGACUUCCGGGGGCUAUAGAUGACUUCAACGGCAUGUUUGUAUGGAAUAGCCAUCUCUUGCAACCGGCCAUGAAGGCUCUUAAGGAUCCUUUUGACUGGUGUCAUCCCAUCAUACACGGCUACAUCGACCAGGCUGCUUUAUCGAUAUAUGGCCGUACUGCGUACAUCACCAUCAUUGCCCGGCGAUCCCGCUUCUUCGCUGGAGCUAGAUUCCUUAAACGCGGAGCCAAUGACCUGGGCUACGUCGCCAACGAUGUCGAGACAGAACAGAUAGUUUCGGAAGCGUUGACCACUUCGUUUCACGCCCCUGGACCGAGGCUCUUCUCCAGUCCGCAGUACACCUCGUAUGUCCAGCAUAGGGGCAGUAUUCCUCUUUACUGGACACAGGACAACACGGGUGUGACCCCAAAGCCGCCAAUUGAGCUCAACUUGGUCGACCCGUUCUACAGCGCGGCAGCCCUUCAUUUCGACAACCUUUUCGAGCGCUACGGCGCCCCCAUCUACGUACUGAACUUGGUGAAGGCCAGAGAGAGGACGCCACGAGAGUCCAAGCUGUUAUUGGAAUACACAAAUGCCAUUAACUAUCUUAACCAGUUCCUACCCGAGGGACGUAAGAUCAUCCAUAAGGCCUGGGAUAUGAGCCGAGCGGCAAAGAGUCGCGACCAAGACGUUAUAGGUACCCUAGAGCGUAUUGCCGAGGAUGUUGUCACCACGACAGGCUUCUUCCACGACGGCGACGGCAAGGUGUACCCGACAAGCGUACAGAAUGGUGUCGCCCGGACGAACUGUAUUGAUUGUCUAGAUCGCACCAACGCGGCGCAGUUCGUUAUUGGCAAAAGAGCCCUAGGGCAUCAGUUGCACGCACUCGGCAUUCUUGAGGACACCUCUAUCAACUAUGACACGGAUGCCGUCAAUCUCUUUACACACAUGUAUCAUGACCAUGGCGAUACCAUUGCUGUGCAGUACGGCGGCUCUCAGCUUGUCAACACCAUGGAAACUUACCGCAAAAUCAACCAGUGGACGAGUCAUUCCCGCGACAUGAUAGAGAGUUUCAAGAGAUACUACAACAACUCCUUCCUCGACGGCCAGCGCCAGGAGGCGUACAAUCUGUUCCUCGGGAACUACAUAUUUGCUCAGGGGCAGCCAAUGUUGUGGGACCUUGCGACCGACUACUAUCUUCAUCACGCGGACCCACGGGCGUGGUCCGACAAGACAAAACGGGACUACAUCAAUUGGUACACGGCAGAAAACCUGCAGGAGAGGAGGUUUCCGACAUACACUCCGCCUCCUGGCGAGGCAAGGAAGAUGCCAGUGUCUUUCUUUGACGAUUAUUGGGUUGAGUAUUAUCGACCGUCCACCCUCUCAUCAUUCCUCAAGAUGUUUCCUUAUAAGAUGAACUCAACCAUCAAGUACAUACCCUUCAAGUCCACACAGGAUGGCCGCUAUGAUCUGAGUCCCUUUAGGGUCCGUAACGAGACAGACAUGGACGCCCACGAGAAGAAGAAGCCGAAGAAGGAGGUGACAAUCGUCGACCCACAAGAUCUGAAGUCUUCUCGGGAUAUGGACGCAGCAUCCAUCAUAUCCGACCGCACGACAGGUGGCAAAGGUAUUUCCAUUCACCGCUGGCUCCAGCCCAUGCAGGAUAGAGUAACAGGACACCACGGGAUCAUGAAGGAAACCCAGGCAGAACCACAAGGGUCCCCUAAAAUCAAGCCUACAGCACAGGAAAAGACCAAAGCGGCCCAGUGGACGUUUACCAAGGCUGUUAAUGAGUCUCUCAACCCAUCCGUCAGUCAGCAGGAGGCCGAGGAUUAUGAGCGCUACAUCAGCCACCCCCAGAACCUACCCUUGGUUGUGUCGGCCGAGGUCCAGGCGGAGAACCAGUCCGAGUACCAGCAUUAUGUUCAGAGUAGCUGGCAGAGCGAUGCCAUCACCCCUGUGGGUGCCGAAGAGGACUUAGCAGUGUACGCUGAGCUCCUCAAAGUCGGCAGCAACCCUCUUACCGUCACUGAGGAAGAUGCCCAGAAAAAGCGGUACAAGGCAUAUAGGAAGUGGCUGCGCGGCAAGUCUUUCUUCAAGCAGCAGCCACUCGAUUGA